AUGAAGCCGAUAAUUGUUGUGAGGAGAUAUGAGGAUAAGGACUUGCUGCAGAUGCAGGAGGUGAUCAGGAACUAUGUGAUGUCGAUGUUUUCGAAUGCUUUUUGGUUCUGUUUGUUUCGUGAGAUAACUCUGCAACUUAUCGUCCUGUCAACCGCAAUUUUCUUCAUUUUUAUCGGAAUUCCAUUAAUUUACUGUCUAUCUUCUGUUCCUGUUGUAGUCGUUCUUAUUGCAGUCUGCGUCUACUGCUCGCACUACAACAAAGCCAUUGAAAUGUCAAACAUGCACGCUCCAGUCUGCUUUGUUGUUGAUCUCUACGAGCCAUUUACUAUCCUAUUAGACAAGAAGGAACUUGAGUACAUCCACUUAACAGAAGAAGAACUGAAAAAUCAUCAAGAUGAGAUCAAAAAAAUGAGACCGAAGCGAGUUGUUGGAACAAUUUCGACUAGAAAUCAUCAAGCAUUGCAUGAGUCGGCUUGGAUUUAUCGGAUUGCAGUUGAUCCAAAUUACUCAUUUGUGCAGAUUACAAAGCCGAUGAUUUUUCAAGUUAUGGAGCAUGCUUAUGUCAAUGGAAUGUUUACUGCUGAGACAACAUGUGCUGAAUGUCAUGAGGAUGUUAGGGAACUGAUGCUGAAAAUAGGCUUCAACAUUCGACAAAUCUACCACAAAACUAUCAUAGGAAGUAGCUUGCGUGUUAUGAAGGCACAACUAGGGAUCGAUCUGCAAAAAUUCUACAAGAAUCACCAAAACAAGGAAAUAUUGAAUCAGCAACGUGAUUACAAUAAAUCUGAAUAUUAA